GGAUCUCUCCUCGGGCGUGUUCACUGCACCAUUAUGGCCCUCGGCCUAUGGGACUCGGGUCGCGCUGUCGCGUUCGUUCUUGGUUGCGGAAUCGGUGUUUUGCUUCGCAUGUUCUGGGUAAUGUCUGUCCUCGUGUAUCGCACUGUCAGAGGUGAGCGAUCGGAGAAGAUCAGCCACGGGUACAUCAUGUUCGAACAUGAUGCAGAGACCCACUUCGUGCCUCCUCCUGAAUACACUGACGAG